CGGAAGUCGGCAAAGAGAACUCCUUAUGACAGUUCUAAAAUGCCACAUAAAUUCCGGUCUCUGGAUUUAAGAUAACAAUAGACAGAUAAGGGAACAUUAUCGCGCUCGUGUUACUGACUAAUUAGUUAUGAUAUAAAUACACCACUUUUGUGUCCCAUAUGUCAUUCUGUUGAUAUAUUUCAUAGUGAUGAGUUUCUCCGGUAAAGUUGUGUUGGUGACGGGCGCGAGCUCCGGCAUUGGAGCGGCCACCGCCAUCUUGUUCUCUAAAGAAGGAGCCAGCGUCGCGAUUGUUGGUAGAAAUGAAACUAAACUUAGCAACAUUGCGCAGAAGUGCACGCAAGCUGGAGCAAAACCUCUUGUCAUCAGAGCAGACGUUGCCAACGAAAAAGAAGCCAGCACUAUUAUCAAGAAAACGGUAGAUCACUUCGGAAAACUUGAUGUUCUAGUGAACAACGCUGGAAUUGUUAAGAAGGCUUCUGUCGCUGAUCCAAAUAUUUUGAAAGUAUUCGAUGAAAACAUAAACACAAAUCUGCGCUCCAUCGUUCAGCUGACCAGUCUCGCGGCCCCGUUUUUAGUGGCAACGAAGGGGAAUAUAGUAAACGUGUCGAGUGUAGCAUCGACAAAAGUUAUUGGUGAGAAUUAUAUGUCGUACUGUGUGUCAAAGGUAGGCGUGGAUCACUUCACUCGUUGUGCUGCCUUAGAUCUCGCUGCUUCUGGUGUGAGAGUUAACAGCGUCAAUCCUGGACCGGUCAAGACGGAUAUUGCCGAGAAUUGUGGGUUGGCGCCCGCUGGAACUGGCGAUAUUGCGUGGGAAUAUGCGAAAGCAGUAACAGCUUUGAAUAGAUAUGCAGAACCUGAGGAAAUCGCUGAUGUUAUCGCGUUUCUGGCCAGUGAUAAAGCGAAAAGCGUUACCGGGUCUAUCUACGUCGCUGAUAAUGGUCAAUUAUUGAAGUGAAGAAGAAAAUUUUGAUGAAGAAUGUUUUAUACAAAAGGAAACAUUUUUUUAAUUUAUUAAUCAAACAUUAAUGGUAAUCGAAAUAUAACGGAGUGAUAAUAUACCAAAAUAUAUCUUAUAGCAAGGCAUGUUACGAUAUAUUUUACAUACCAUUUGGCAGAGUCCACACACUAAGCUAUAAUAUAUAUUUUGAUAUCUUAUGAUAUGUUAUAGCAAGGCAUCUUAAGAUACCUUACGAUAUACAGUGUGUAUUUUAAUAUAAUCACAAACUUAAAACAAUUAAUUAAUUUAAAAAAAAAUUAAAAAAUAUUUUAUUCAGUAACAACAAAAAGUUUACAAUAUGCAGGUUCUCUUUUUAAGUAACGAAAUACUUGUGUCAAGAGACAGCGCUCUUUCACUAUAAUGUAGCUUUAUUGGCACAAGGCGAGUUUAUAUACAUAGAAAAGAAAGAAUGUAGUAGUAUUAAUGCUAUAAAAUAAUUCUGAUUUAAAAAAAAAAUCUUAACCCCCAGAGCAUAAUUAAUUUUUGAAAUUUUGUCGAGUGGCAAUGUAUUUCGUACAACAGGUUACUUUUGACAAUUGUGACACUUGUGACGUCGCGUCAUUAAAUGCGACAUUUUGAGUUAAAACACCAGUUAAUCACGCUCACAUCACAAAGGCUGGGACUUCAGGCAAACUACCCGUUCCUAGAAUUAAUAACUACCACGGGGAUAGAACCCUUAGGGAAAUACUUCCAUACUUAUUUAAUAGUUUGCCUGAAACCAUAACAUGUGAAAAUAAUAAGAUUAAAUUUAAAUCUAUGUAAAAAAAAACAUUAUCAUACAUUUUAGCCAUUAAUUACCUACUAUAACUUAUUUUAGUUACAUAACUAGAGACUGACGACCCCACAGUCAAUCAAACUUAUAGUCGAGUUUUGUGGGGCUACGACUAUUUUUAAGAAUACCACUGUAUUUUAAUUAAUAAACAAUAAAAAUAAAUACAUUUUAUAUGGAAAAAUAAAAGUCGUGCAUGUUUAACAAAACCUAUGUAAGUGUAUUCAUUACGGUGUGUUAUUUUUAACACGCUUUUAUUAGGUCGACCUGUAUGUAACUAACUAUGUAAUGGAAUCUAAGAUAACUAAUUUAACCAUCUUCCAAGGAUCGUAGUGUCAUAAAAAUUGGCAUCUGUAUGUAGUUCUGGUGACAAUACAAUAAUAUGGUACUGUCGAACUGAUCUGAUGAUGGAGCCGGAAGAUAUGAACUGGAACUUCAUGAUGGAACAUCGUAUCAUAGCUGUGUUUGGAUUUGUUAGAAAAGUCUUGUAAUGAACUUUGACCACGAUUAGGUUUCAAGGUCUGAUGAUGAAGCCGGAAGAUAGGCACUGGCAUUCCAUGAUGGAAUAUCGUAUCGUAGUCGUGUUUGGACUUGUGAGAAACUUUGAACACGAUCAGGUUUCAAAGCGUGUUUUUCUAGUGUUUUUAAACUAUUAAUUUAUUAGUGGAUCAAUUAUACGAAGCGAGCUUACAGUGUUCUGCGUGUCCAGGUCAAUAACGGUUUCGGGAUGCUGUUGGGGCUACCACGCUUUUGAAGUGUGUCAGGCAUGAUGCGCAAGCACGAAUGGACGACUUUCAUGCCAUAAUGAGGAAAAGAAUCGCCUGCGGGGUAGCUCCAACAGCUUGCUAGUAGAUAGCGGACAGAUGGGACUGUCCGUUUUAUAGUCACUCGGUGUCUGCUCAUCGUCCUGUGUACCAAGACCCUAAAUGAGCGAUAUAACCUAACGUAUUGGAACGGGGCGCAGUGUUAUUUUAUUCUUAAUUUUAUUGUUAUUAGUUUUUCUCGAUGUUUACAAUGAUUUUAAUUUUAUGUAUUUCUGACAUAAGUACCUAUUGUAUAUAUGAAUGUAAAUUAUGACAAUGUAUGAUCAGUACGAAUAAAGAAUAUGAAUAUGAAUAUAAACACUGUGAGACCUAGA